UGGAUGGUUCGCCGUAAUAGUUGCUUUUCCCUUUUGUCGUGGUGAUGUUGCAACCACAGACUGCAUGACUUGUGUCAACGAGGCUAGCAAUGAAAUUCACAGACUUUGCCCGUAUAAUAAAGGUGCCAUUAUAUGGUACGACAAUUGUCUUGUGAAGUACUUGAACAAGGAUUUCUUUGGCGAAAUUGAUAAUCAAAACAAGUUCUACAUGUAUAACUUGAGAAAUGUUAGUGAGUCAACAACAUUAAAUGCAAAGACAAGGGAGCUGUUGAGCCUCCUAGCCAAAGAAGCAUCUGUUACUCCAAAACUGUAUGCAGUUGGAGAGCUAGAGCUUGGAGAAUCAAAGAAGCUCUAUGGUUUGACCCAAUGCACAAGAGGGAUCUUUCUAACAGUGACUGCUUCAAGUGUCUUGAUGGUGCAAUUGGUGAACUUCCUCGUUGUUGUGAUGGGAAAGGAGGAAGAGUUGACGUUGGUAGGAGUUGUAACAUAA